AUGGAGCCCCGGCAGGCGGACGUGUGCAUCCCACUGCAGUCCUCCGGCUGGGGGUCGGCUCCCCCCGGCCCCCGGGCAGACCCACCACCCCGGGACUAUGUGCUCUGGUCGCUGUUCAACGUGCUGCUGUGGUGCGCAGUGGGCGGGCUGGGAUGCCUCGGCUUCCCCCCGCUCGUCUACUCCAUCAAGGCCCGUGACUGCAAGCUACUGGGGGACCUGGAGGGUGCUCGGCGUCACGGCUCCCGCGCCAGGGUGGCAAACAUCAUCUGCUCCGUGCUGGCAACCCUCAUCUUGGUGAUCUUCAUCAUCAUUGCCAUCAUCGCCAUCAGCAUCCUAUACAGGAAGCCCUGA